AUGGAAGUGGUUCUUGCACCUUCGCAACCUUACUACUUCUUCUUGCAGGUCUUGUGCUACGAUUAUUGGCACUCUGACAUUCAAGCCUGUUUGGAGGAUCCGAAAAUUUUAAAGUUAGAUGUGGAGCAAUGUUGGCGUCUGGACUUCGCUGGUCAUCCCAUAUCAGAAUACAAUGUAAUGGACAAUUACAUCAGCUGCGUUGGCUAUUGGAUGGAAGAUACAAAGUCCUACUUGAUCACCUAUGACCGAGAGGACCCCGUAAACAAUCGCUUCCGCUGCUGGGUAUACCAACGACUAAGCCUCCGCACGUACGCCAUGUCCCGAAGUCUAGGCAACCAGUGUGGUAAAAUGCAAACAGCAGAGUCAUCCCUGCCGGAGGAGGGAGCCUCUCUGCGUCUAGAACUCGUCGAGAACGAGUACGAGUUUGAUGUCUGUCCAAUGGCCUUCGACGACGGCAAAAAUCCCUACGCAAACCCUGCUGUCCUGAACGUCUACGCCCCAGGGUGUCGGGUGCAGUGCCCGCGGCUUCUGCUACUAAGUCUGUUCGCAUUGUUGAUCUGUGAUUUACUCAGUUCUGCUGGGAUGGGGAUGCUUUGCUGA